AUGUCAGCAACAACAGCACCAAACUCGUUAGUCAUGAACCCAACUUCAAUGUUAGUAGAGAUGAAAAGCUUCAUUCCUUCUUCAUAUACUUUCGAAACAGAAAUCCAGAAGAUAAAGCAGGAACUUCUCCAAGGAGAUCUAAACUGUAGUGCGAAAGAUGAAACAAAUGAACAGUAUCUUUAUGAAAUGCAGGAUAUUAUUGACCAUCUACCUAAACUUCCUGAAAUACAACAACAAAAGCUCACUAUUCCAGAAUUCGAUGAAAUAGAAGUCAAAGCAACUGACUCAGUAGAAAUAAAGAAGUUCAUACGUAAGGUAAACUAUGAGUUUCUUGGAUUUCAUUGCAACCACAAAGUCAUUGACAUAUAUAAAUCUGGGGAGUUUAAGACCUACGACAACUUUGUUUCGUUAGUUGCUGAGUGUGUAUGGCAGAUAAGAGAUAAAGAUAGAAGAG